CAACCGGGGAGCAGGAUGUCAAGACAGCAGCAGCAGCAGCACCGGACGCCGUUAAAACUCACCGACAGCGUGGUGGAGGUCAAGAGCAAAUUUGAGGCAGAAUACCGACGCUUCGCUCUAAAGAGGAACGGACCGGGUGGCUUCCAGGAGUUCUACCGCCUCCUCCAAACCAUCCAUCGCAUCCCUGGCGUGGACGUGCUGCUGGGAUACGCCGACGUCCACGGAGACCUCCUUCCGAUCAACAACGAUGACAACUUCCACAAAGCUGUGUCGUCAGCCAAUCCGCUGCUCCGCAUUAUCAUAAGCAAGAAAGAGGAUGAACCUGUAGUUUUCGCCACCAACUCUCUCCAGAGGCGUAAAAAGGGGUUGGGCUUGACUGGACUGCGCACCACCGGCUCAGGCUCCACCCACUCAAAGAGCAAACCGGGCCUUAUGAUUGGCCUGCCACAGAACUUCAGACAGAUUUCAUCCAUCAUCGAUGUGGACAUCUUACCUGAGACACACCGGCGUGUACGACUCCACAAGCACGGUACCCACAAACCGCUGGGCUUCUACAUCCGUGACGGGGUGAGCGUGCGGGUGACACCGCAGGGCGUAGAGAAGGUCCCCGGGGUUUUCAUAUCUCGUCUGGUACGUGGUGGGCUAGCAGAAAGCACGGGGCUGCUGGGAGUUAAUGACGAGAUCCUCGAGGUCAACGGCAUUGAUGUAGCAGGAAAAUCUUUGGAUCAGGUUACAGACAUGAUGGUGGCCAACAGCCACAACCUCAUAGUGACCGUCAAACCGGCUAACCAGAGGAACAACGUGGUGCAUCGUGGGAGUAAAAUGUCAAUGGGCAACUCUGGCUCUGUGGGCUCAGCCGGAUCUACCGGCUCCGCUCUGUCACAUGACUCCCCAAGCCCCGCCUCUCAGAGCAACCCCAUUACUGCGAGCAACAGCAUUGCCGAAGGCGACAGCGAUGACGACGACGACGAUGGCGACCUCAUUCUGGAGAACGACUGCCUGACGCCCUACGAAUCCCACCGGGUAACCAACAGUAACGACACUAACCUCAACAGAGACUCACCUAGCAACAGGCCGCACAACUCCACUGUGGUUAGGCCCCUUCCGCAGAGCGUCUCGUUGCCCAAUAGCGUCGGAGCGUCCCUGAGCGACAGCUCCAUGAUGAUGAUGUCCAAUCACAACGGAAACCCCGCCCACACAUCAAGUAGCAGUCAAGAGAGCAUGAGAGAGGACGGAAACAUAAUAUCACUGUAACCACGACAACACUGACAGCUAACACUGUAACAGUCAGGACUAUGGGAGGUUACAACCACAGAGUGCUGUAAUCACGACAACUACAGAUGGCUGUGCUCUCCAUCAGCCAGACAACAGACUCAGCAGCACCUUUUCUUUGAAAGGUUGAUCCACUGCUCGUUUCUCUGACAGCACCGCAGAGAUGCAGCUUCUUGCCCCCUGGCCAGCCCAGACGGAUCAUGGGUUUUCACAAUCUAUAGGCAUAACAACACUAACUUUUUAUAUGUCUGCCACAUGUGGCUGAGGUAAUGUAUAGAGCUGUCAGGUUCAAAACAACAAUUUAAAGUCGCCCACGGGAAAUGAUUUAAAUGCCAUAAUGUAUUAACGGAUCGAUGUAGACUUAUAGAGAGCAGCAAGAUUGAGAGAUGCUUGUGAAUGCCUCUGUAAAAGCCAUAAGUCAGUUUGAUGUCAACAUGUUAAAGACAUCAUCUCUUUUUCCAAAAUUUGCUUGUGAGGUACUACAAAACCUUCAGUUGCAUCAAUCAGAAGCAUCACUACUAACUGCAGGAUGACUGACUUUGUUCACUACAACAAGACGGUGAAAGAACAAUAUGAAGUAAAACAUUAAGGGCUCUAUUUUCUUGGCAGCACAACGACCAGCGCAAGCAGGAGUCUUGACAGUUUGCCGUUUUCCUGACUUUGCCCCGCGUCUGUUUCUAAAGCAAACUCACUCCGCUGCCAAUCUGGGGAUUUCCAUCAAUGAGAGCAAAGUAAAUACUUGAAGCAAAUGCACAGCAUUAAUGGAAUCUUUUAAAAUAUGUAACUAACUACUACUUGCUUUUCAACCAGUAGAUGCCGAUAAAUUCAAUUGUAAAAUCGCAAAUCUUCACGCACGCCGGUCCACGUGGCCAGGCACAAUGAAACAGGAACGCUGCUCGGUGCAGUGAUGCCUCCCACAAGUGUCUGUGACAAACGGUUCAUGGGUUUUUUUCACGAUUUAUGGUAAAUUUUCACACCUUUUUUUUCCCUUUUCGUUAUAUCAGCCUGUUUCUGUACAAUAGAGCUACCCCGACUGUCGCUUCCCGGCGGAAGAGAGCGGUCUGUGCUCGCGACACAGCGCAGUUUGAGCUCAUGUUUAAGCUGCGCUCGCCACAGCGUGCGGCGCCCAAAGUUGGGCUUUGCUCGAUGCAGCGAAAAGCCGUCGUGGCGUAGCGCUAGCCGUUAGAAAUAACGUGUUUCAGAGCGCAGUGGUGGUGUUGUGUCUGAAAGGACCUUGGGUGAGUGAGAGAAGGAGAGAGAAAUGGAGAGAACUAAGAGAAAGAAAUACUCAAGCAGUAGCAAAAAUAAAU